GUGACGAUUCAUGGGAGGAGCUCGAAACACCUGAAAUACUAAAACGUAAAAGGCCAACUAAAAAAUCAAGAAAUCGCGGACAUGAAAGAGAGACCCCGAAAUUUAGAUACAGAAAAUCCAGCACCAAACCCAGAGAAUCGAGCACUUGAUCCAAAAACAAGAGCAACAAAACAAGAAAACGACAAAAUGGAGCAACCCUCAACCUACAGUGAGUAUAUAACCAUUAUAUCAGAUGGUUAAGAUGAGGAGGACGAUCUCAAUCCACUAAGUCCGUCUGAGACAAAAAAUACGCAAACAGUGAAUAUGGCUUGCAGUUCUCAACCAUCGAGAUCAACUGUGGAAAUUCUCCAAGAACUUUCUCUGCAAAUACAAUCAAAUACCAUCUCCCGAUUUAACAUAAACAGAAGAAAUGUGUGGGACGGGGCUUGUAGAGGCUUCAAAAGGUCCACAUUUGCUCCAAACAACAUCUUGCUUGUUAAAUUUACUGACGAUACUGGAUUGUCGGAGGAGGCGGUAGACCAAGGCGGACCAAGACGCGAGUUUCUCCGUCUUUUAAUGGAUGCACUACAGAACAGUACUUUGUUUGAAGGUCCAACGACGUCCAGGAUUCUUACCUUGAAUAGCCAUGCUAUACAACGGGAUGAAUACUAUCUGGCUGGUGUUAUGGUUGCCGUUGAUCUAGUACAUGGAGGUCCACCUCCAAUGUUUUUUUUCAAAAUUUUGUUCGAUAUGUUGGUUUUUGGUCCGGAAAAUGUACAUCCCACGAUUGACGAUAUCCCCGAAUCUGAAUUCAAACAAUCACUCAACUCAGUAUUUACUUUCAUACAAUUUAAUGCAUUUAUCAUUUCAUAG